CAAUGCAUUUGCCACAUUAGUCGGGAUUAUUAAAACUUGUCAUAUUUUUUUAGAAAUUUAUCUAAAUAUGCAUUAAAAAUGUAGUUUCUCUUGCAUAACAAAACCAUGGAUAUUUCUAAAAAAAUAUGAUAGAGACGAAACAAUAUGUUACAAGCACCAUAAAUCCAUAAACAGCUUUAACACUCCCUUGCAAUAAUAAUAAUGGCGUGUUGCUGCAAACCGGGGCGAUCAAAUAAAUCGUCAGUAAGCUGUUUGGGCCGGUGUGAUUUACCGAAACAUCGUUGCUUAGUGAAACAUGACGUCAAGCCUGGCCCCAUUCCACGUAACAUGGGUUGGCUCUACACUGCUAAAGAUGCCCCGCAACAUCAGUUACGCUGUGGUUGGCGCCCAGGUCACAUAUCUUGCUCCGUUUUAAGAAAGAUCGAACAACAUAAUUGUAUGAAAUCACGUGAAUGCACCCCUUGCCCGUCAGACUGCUGCGCAAAACCUACGUGCUCGCAUUCAGCCUGUUGCGCACCACCUAAAUGUUUAGGUGUAUGCCCAUCAUUACCCUCCUGCUGCAAACCCCAACCUUGCAAUCAGCCACUGAUAAGAAUUAUAAGACAUGGAGGAGAAUAUUCAAUUUGCACUAAGCCCUCGAAUGUUAGCAACGCGCCUCAUGGUCCUUACCCUUUAAAAUACGUUUUAAAUACAGAUCCUGAUGAUAAGAAUGAAAAUGUUAAAUACAGCGUAGAAGCCAAGUUCAAUGACUACCAUUUUGACUACACUAGCUCUCAAACAUCUUUUAUAAUAGAUUUCUCCCCUCCUGAACAAAAAUGUUACAAGCCUUGCCCCAAAAAGUGUCCCACUUGCCCCCCAUGCUGAUUAGAUCUGAUUGCCCGCAGGGUAUGUAAAGUAACAUUUACACAUGAAAUAAACUAUGAAUAAAUAAAAAUAAAAAUUU